ACAUCGCUAGGUGUGUUUCUAUAACCGCAGUAGCCGUCGCAUUAGAAAAAGCAUCAAGUGGCCAUUCGCAAAUAUUGAAUUUCUUUUUCAUUGGCAAACUUCUCUUGCUUGAAUAAUUGCAAAUUAUUUCACUGCAAUUGUUUAACAAAAAAAUUAAUUUUAUAGCAUAAAGUGUACUUGUAUUUAUUGAAGAAUUCCAAUUUUUGAUUAUCGUUACAAAUAAAAUUUAAAAUGCAUUUUACGCUUGUGUCGACUGUGAGUGUUUUUACAGUGUUUCUAUUAGUACUAAGUGGAUCCUUAACACAAACUGUGAAACCAUACGAAUUCGGAUUUACAAUUGAAGAACAGCAACAUCGACAUGAGAAACGAGACGAGCGUGGCAUUGUGAUGGGCGAAUUUGGCUUCAUAACGGCCGAUGGCAUUUACCAUGUGACGGUGUAUGCAACUGAUGAGGAGGGAAAGUUUCGUAUAUUAGCUAUGAGAAACUAUCCAUAUGAAUCGCCACCUAAAACUGUUGAUAUGGUUGUAGUACCCAAGCAAUCUCCAAUAACAACAACCACACCAAAGCCAUUACCGAAACAUAACUUCUAUCAAGAAGCUUGUUCAGGCUGUUUCUUGAAAAAUGGCAAUGGCAAACAACCAGCAACCCAGGAUGCAAAUAAAAAGACUGAAAUACGUCCAUUAUCAAAACCGAUUUCAACACUCACACCGCCAAACAAACCACUAACGAAACUUGUCACGAAUAUGAUUAUGAAUACAAAUUUAGGUAAAAUUUAUACAAUUAAAACAGAUAGCAAUGAGAAAGACUUUAAAGAAAAAGAUAUCAUCGAGAGUGUAGCAACACAAACAGCAAACAAAGUACCAAUUAAGGAAACUAUAACAAACAAUCUUAAUAUAGUUGAAACAUUUAAAACACAUAAGGAUAUACCCAACACAAUACUGCCCAAUAGAAUUAAGACACAACAAAAUAUAGCACAAACCAUAAACAAUAUACAGUACAAAACAUCUGGUGAAGUCAAGACACCAACAACACAACAAACUCCAAAACUUAGUACAGCAACAGAACAUAGUCCUAACACAUAUGUAGUAUAUAAACCCAACAGCAACAUAAAACCUAAUUUACACAUCACACCGAAACAAAUUAUUACAAAUCAAGUCGAUUAUACACCAACACUUACUGGCAUUAAAACUCCACAACAAACCAAUUCUGCCUCAGAACAAAUAGGCCCCGCAGAUUUAACAACAACUAUUCACACAAUACACGCUCCUCAAAGCACGGAGCUUAAUAAAGAUAUUGCCAGUAUAAAGCCAUUUACAUCGAGAACCAAUAAACCAAGUGCUAUAUCACAAACUACUAAUACGGCAGCAAAGUCAAGGUCAAGUAAACCAACGAGUUUAAAGGAUCAAACAUCAUCGAAAACAAUUACACCUACACAAUCUAUCGAACGACUAAAUAAAAAAGUUCCAAAAGACUCAAUUAAUAAAAGUAGUGCAGAAAAUUUAUUGGUUCAUCCCGAGAGUAUUGAGUCAGCUAUAAAGAAAUCAACUUCGAACGAAGAUAAAAACUAUCAAAUUCAAAUUUCAUCACAGCUUGGAAAAGACAUAACUGAUACUUCAUAUGGUGUAGACAGUAGUACACCAAUUGGUGCAGAUAAGAAAUCUAAAAUUGAAAUUUUACCUCAAUCACACUUAACACAACAUAAUGUUGCUACUACAAAAUGUGAAACACAAUUAAAUCUCCCAAAUCUCAAAACACAAACACUACCAAUUACUCCAACAACACAAGAAUUUAAACAAGGUACACCUUUAUUAACUACAACAACAAAAACAAUUAGCAAUAAAAAUAAUAGAAAUCCUAGUCAUAUGAAAAACAUCGCUGCAACAGUUGUCGAUACAGUAACAACCAUUGCAACACCAAUUAAGUAUGAAGUCACUAAAAAAACUGUUAAUACUAAACCAAAAAGUGUCACACCCACUUACACAACACAAGCAACACAAGAGAACACUGUAGCACAUAGUACAGGAAAGUCAAGCAAGACAAGUGAUUUGUUAAAUUCUGCUAUAACUAAGACACAAACCGGUAGCCAAGUGGGUACAAAAACAUUCACACCAUUAAAUGGACCUUCUACAUUAAACGCAGCAAGGACACCAACUGGCAGUGCGCCACCUGGCGCAAAUAUCCCACCGUUAAAGACUGCAGCUAAGCAACCAAACGCACCAAGCAAUGCCAUAACUUUCCCACAAAACUCAAUCGGAUCAACAGGUAGUCAAUCACAGAGUGGGGUGAAUCCUAAAUUCGAUCUAAGGGUAGGUAAUAGUGCUAUUGGUGGUGGGAUUGCUGGUGGUAGUGCUGGUGAAGUUGGUGACUUGUACCGUUUCAAAUACAUACUCGACUACAAUGGGCACACGGAAACCGGUUCACGAAACGGCAAUAAGGAAGGCAACUAUUUUUCUAUUGGUGAUGAUGAUAUUUUGCGUACCAUCGAAUAUGUGGCCAACGAAAAUGGUUACCAACCACGUAUCCGCUGGCGAAAAUUAGACACGAAAGUCCAAUCGAAAGAAAAUACAUUAAAGGAUUAUGAAUUUGUGUGGUUUAAAAAUAACUAAAAAUUGCGAACAGUUAGUAGUUAAGCUGUUAAUAUAAUAAUUUAUUAUUUUUUUUUGU